UUUUCACCUAGCAUGCCUUACAUUUGCUGCGAGUAUUCGUUUUUAGAUUUGUUUUCGAUGUGGUGGCAAAAUUUCGCAAAUUUACCUAACUAUUUAUUACAAUUUGACACCUAAAGAUAUUUGUGAAAUUCAGGUUGUGCGUAAAAUAUAUAGUAUUCUGUCACAAUGUCGCGCCACAGAAUUGUGCGGGCCAUGGACUAUAAUGAUGAAUAUGAUGGUUACGAUGAUGUCUAUGGCCAUUCCGUUGACGAUGAUAAUUGUAUUUCACCGACAGAUGCUCAGUGGUUAUACGACAGAGCCCGUGGUCAACAUAGUAUGUCUGCUUUUAUCAAAAAUAAUAAAGAUAUUGAAGAAGAGGAAGAAGAUGUGUGUGAUGAUAGCGUAACAUACGAUAAGGAUAGACGUGACUCGGAUAACUUUCAAAUACCUAAGUUAAAUGAUGUUGACCAAGCAAAAUUAACAUCAUGUAUUGAUGAAAUUCGCAACGUUGUAGGUGAUCAAGUAUCUGAACGAAGGAUGGUAGAAACUUCAAUUAACUUCGAAUAUGAUAUAACGAAAAUACUCGAUGAUAUCCUUAAUAACGAAUGUGACAAUAAAGCUAAACGAUAUAAACAAACGGGUGUAAGUAGUUCAUCAAAGAGAAACGCUUUGCAACCGUCUACAUCAACAGCUUCAAAAUUAACAUCGGACCGUGAAACCUUUUCCAAUGUUCAAGCACCCCCUAUAAUAAAAGUAACAGCACAACCUCUGAGUGAACGCAGCAUACGUCGAGGAUUUGAAGUCAAUUCUCCGCAGCCGCAGUCGUCACCAACUGUUUCGGGAAGAAAUACGCCCGUUGAUGAAGAUGUCAAUAAAACCCUUGCUAAUGUUAAAGUAUCCAAAGAACAAGCACAACGUGACGCUCGAAAAUUGUACUCACAGGAGCGAGGCGAACUGAAAGCUCAUUUUCACAUGAUUGUUAUUGGACAUGUAGAUGCAGGAAAAAGCACUUUAAUGGGUCACUUAUUAGUUGAUACUGGUUAUGUUUCACAAAGAGUUAUGCACAAACAUGAACAGGAAUCUAAGAAAAUGGGUAAACAAAGUUUUAUGUACGCUUGGGUCCUAGAUGAAACUGGUGAAGAAAGGUCAAGAGGUAUCACCAUGGAUGUAGGAUAUUCACGCAUCGAAACUGACACUAAAGUAGUAACUCUUCUUGAUGCCCCUGGGCACAAAGACUUUAUUCCAAACAUGAUUUCUGGUGCUACGCAGGCCGAUGUUGCCCUUUUAGUAGUGGACGCAUCGCGUGGUGAAUUUGAGGCAGGAUUUGAGCAAGGAGGACAAACACGAGAACAUGCUCUAUUAGUGCGCUCAUUGGGCGUUAAUCAAUUAGGAGUGGUCAUAAAUAAGUUGGACAUGGUCGAUUGGUCCAAAGACAGAUUUGACGAAAUUGUUGGAAAAUUAAAAACGUUUCUACGACAAGCAGGUUUCAAAGAAUCUGACGUUACCUUUAUACCCUGCUCUGGUCUAAGUGGUGAAAAUUUGUCAAAACCUGCGCAAGAGCCUUCAUUAACUGCUUGGUAUAAAGGACCACAUUUAUUAAAAGUAAUAGAUAAUUUCAAAUUGCCCGAAAGAUCGAUUGAUCGCCCGUUUCGCAUGUCUGUGUCGGAUAUAUACAAAGGCACCGGUUCCGGCUUUUGCAUAUCAGGUCGUAUCGAGACUGGUGUACUUAGUGUAAAUGACCGAGUGCUGGUUGGUGCUAGUCGAGAGCAAGCUCAAGCCAAAGGAAUUCAAAUCGACGAGAUUCCUCAAACGAAUUCGUUUGCUGGAGAUCAGGUAUCGGUGACAUUAGCAGGCGUGGACAUGUCUACGGUAUCUGUUGGUUGCAUAAUUUGCGACCCCCAAAAUCCAAUUCCAGUAACAACUCGCUUCCAAGCACGGAUUCUUGUCUUUAACGUGACUGUGCCGAUUACGAUUGGCUAUCCUGUACUUUUGCACCACCAAUCUCUUAUAGAACCAGCAGUGUUAAGUAAACUGCACGCCCAACUGCAUAAAAGUACAGGGGAGAUUAUUAAAAAGAAACCACGAGUUCUUGGCAAUAAUUCUUGCGCUCUAGUGGAAUUAAAAACAACUCGUCCCAUAUGUAUUGAACGAUACGCCGAAUUUAAAGAAUUGGGUCGUUUUAUGUUGAGAGUGGGCGGCGUCACCAUUGCAGCGGGAAUGGUUACAAAAAUACGUUAAUAUUAAGACUUUAAAAAUGUCAAAAAUAAAUGAAUAAAAUUUCUUCUACUUUUUGAGGUGCAAU